CAUCCCCAGAUCUCGAGAUCUUGGUUCGCAGCACCAUGUCGCAGUGAGUAGUGCUGCGCCUCCCGCCCUUCGCCGUGCACAGCGCAUGCCUCUCUCCCUCCUCCCUCCAUCUCCUCACCGCAGAUGCUGCCAAGUCCCAAGUGGUGGUCUGACGACCGUCCCCACCGCCGUGCCUACGAGCUCCUCCCCACCGCGGAAUACGGCGCAAAACCCUAUGCCCCCCGCUGGUCGUUCUUGUACCGACGAUGCAUCCGACUCGCAGCGCUCGCGGCGGCGGGCUUGACUACCAUUGCGCUGGUCGUGCUGGUCGUCAGGACGUAUCGGGUCGCCCCACCCCCGCCAGUACUCUACCCCGAUCCCACUACGCUCCCGCCGGAGCUACUGCCGCCGCUGUACGGCAGAUUUCAUGAGCUCGAGAUGCAGUUGCCACAGCACCAACCAGACUAUCCACUCGCGGAAGGGAGGAAGUAUUUCCACGUGAAUAACACAGCUCUAUUCUCUGGAUGGGGAAAUGUACAACAAGAACUACUAUUACUACACUAUUUGACCUAUCGCUCUGGUCGCUCAUUUGUGUUCGAUAACUACACAUGGAAUGACGAUGGCAGCCAGUGGUCGUACAACAAUGGCAAGAUUGUUCCCUCUCAAAUACCCCUAUCCGUGCAAAUUCAAGGCCCUACGGUCGGCGCAUCCAUACCCAGCGAUCCCUACGCGCCCUUGGCAGUCAUACGAGACCACUUCCAAAAGGAGUGUCCGAACCCUACCAUCAUCACGACCGAGGAGGUGAUCGGUACUCUGGGCAGCCAGCCCACUGCCGGACAGAUCAUUGACGCAUGGGCGGAGAAGCUGCGUUCGGUGGAUGAUCCGUGCGUCGAAGUGCCCCGGAGUUCAAAAUCCGUCUUCGACAUCUUUGUAUUCGGCUCGGCUGAUCGCCUCCUCGAUGUCUGGCCCGAGUUCUCCGCCUCUCCAAUGAUCACUCAGUUCGGCUGGUCACCUCUAAUAGAACUCGCGUUCGACACGAACCGCGAGACGAUCUUGCCCUCCGCUGCGCUCGAGCCGCCGCUCUACUCGCUCCCGUUUACGUCCAACCGCGAGCGGUACACGCCGCUCCCGGGCCUGCUCGCACUGCACAUCCGGCGUGGCGACUUUGAGGCCCACUGCAAGCAGCUCGCGCACUACAGCGCGACGUUCACGGGGUACAACGCGUUCCCGGCGCUGCGGGAUCGGCUCGACGAGCCGCUGCCUGGCGACGAGGAGACCCGCGUGGAGGCGUACCGCCCGCACUGUUACCCGGACAUCAACGAGAUCGUUCGGAAGACGGAGGAGGUGCGCGCGUCGGAGGCGGGGCAGGGGUUGAGCCGGGUGUACGUGAUGACGAAUGGCCCAGCGAAGUGGGUCGAUCAGCUGAAGCGGGCGCUGGUGAGGAAGGGUUGGGAGGGCGUCGCGAGCAGCCGGGACGUGGUGGUGAACAAGGAGCAGAAGUAUGUCGAGCAAGCGGUGGACAUGCUGAUCGGCCAGCGGGCGCAGGCGUUUGUCGGAAAUGGAUUCUCGAGCUUGACCGGACAGAUAGUCAUGCUCAGGACAGCGAAUGGGUUUCCCAUGGACUCGAAUCGAUUCUUCUGAGACGACGGCAUCUAGCAGAUUUACAUUUGUACUUUGAUACCAUAUGUGCCGCACUAUAUACAUAUAUUUUCUCCCAUGUCAAG